ACUUUGGCACCAGAUGACAUUCAUAGAUACACACAAUAAACAAGAGCGAAGGGCAAAGAGAAUAUUAAAUCUCUUGGCGGCAAUGACGAUAGCGGCAAUUCAAUUUGGAAACAAUUCAAUGCUUACAAAUUUUGUUUAGUCUUUUUUGAGAAUUAUAACAAUUCAAGCAAAACUAGUUUUUGCGUAAUUAAUAUUCAAAUAAACUAAAGCAUUCAUUAUGAAUUAGGACGACAAGCGGUGUUUUUACAAAUUUAGAAAUGGAAGCAAAGCAUGAGUUGGUAUUAAUAAAUCAAGUAGAAAAUGUCGCGAUGAGCGAUUUGACCUGCAACGCAGGAUCAUGUAAUGAUGAGCAAAUAGCAAGAUACGUUUGUCGUAUAUGCAAGAAAUCUUUCUACAAUGCGAAAGCGCUGCAGAAUCAUAAAAACAUGCAGCAUGAUCCAAAAGGCUCUGAGAACGGGGGGAAUACCCGAAAACGUUGUUUUGGUCAGGAUAUCAACGCAUUUCCUGGUUUUAAGUUCAUAUCAAUGAAAGGUAGCACUGAAGGCGACACAGUGAACGAUAGUGUAACGACGAGAACAUUUUCUGAGGACACCACUUAUUUUAUAAUUAAAGUUCAAGGCGAGGGUAUUGAUGGAGGUGCUUUAAAAACUACGAGUCUCGGUGGUAUUAUCAAUAGUACACAGAUGAAAGUCAAACCUGCUGUAAACUUAAGGGGCCCUUUUACUUGCACAUUUCCAUCGAUGUUACGUCCGGACGUGCUGUGCCGUCAAAUAUUCUUCGACUGUUGUGAUUAUUCACGUCACUACCGAGAAGAGCACACUAAAAGACGCAAAGCCGCACUUCGUUGUCAAGUGUGCGAAAAGCCUCUAGACAAGGAAUUUAACCAAAACAACCCGGUACAACGUCCGAGUGUGACGACACUUUGUAGAAUUUGCGGCGAGACCUUUUCCGACAACGCGUCUUACGUCGAGCACAAUCGUUUCGUUCACGCAAAAAUGAAGCCCUACCAGUGUCCGAUUUGUGCGAAGCGUUUUACUCAGCAAGGAGGCUUGCAGCAACACAUGAGGAUGCAUUCCGGUAUAAGACCUUUCGCUUGCACGUAUUGCCCUAAAGCGUUCACUCAGAAAGCCGGUCUCGACCAGCAUCUACGUACUCACACCAAAAUUAAGCCGUUCCGAUGCGUCAUAUGCGGCAAGUGUUUUUCCCAAUCGGUGCACUUGAGGCAGCACAUGAGAACUCACACGAAUAUACAACCGUUCGAAUGUGUAUACUGCGGAAAAAGAUUUAAACAGACGAGUCAUUUAAAUUUUCAUUUGCGUUCGCAUGUCGGCGAAGGCGUGAUUACAAUGGAGAAAUAUGCUCAGGCGAUACAGCCAGAGAAUCAGUUGGAUUUUUUGAACUUUGCAAGCUUACAGCCGGUGCAGGAUGGUGACACCCUUUACUAUGCAGCAGAACUAGCACCGCCGAAUUCCAUGGUCGUUCAAAGAAACUUUCCUUAUCAAGUGCAAAGCUCUGAUGGUAUGUUACCGAUUUAAUUUAUCCUUAGGUACAUACAAUUAGAUGCAAAAUUAUUAUUCCUGAUAAUAUUUAUUAAGUAAGUUAAAAUAAAAGACUGUUUCAAGUUA